CACCGGCUGCAAUAUAGUUACUGGCGGGUGUCACUUACUGCAGACUUUACAACAGGUUCUCGUAGAACAAGAAAAGCUAAAUUACACACAUAAGGUAAAAUAUGGGUCCAUCUGAUGCAGGAGAAGGUAGUUCCAUGUUGGACUACAGCUCUACAGAUGAUGACAGUUGUGAGUUCAGAAUAUUGAUGGCCUACGCACAAAGGACUUUGCCAAUGGCUAAAGCCUCUAAAACUGUUAAAGAGGAAGCCCACAUGCCUUUAGUUGAAGAGAGCAGUGGAAGUGCAUCAAAAGUUGAAUUACGUCAAACAGACAAAAUCCAGUUUGAUGGAAAAGUGAAAAGUCCUGCUUGUAAAGUCAAACACAGGAGAAAACCUCUAUGGAAAAGGAUUCCAUGUUUACGAGGAGAAACCGACAAAUCUGACAUUAAUUUGAAAGAGCAAGGAAUGAAGGAAGAGGAUAAAGUGGAAUGCAAAUCUUCACAUGAGUUUGCAAUUCCAGACACCACACAACAAAAUUCACCGCUUUCUGUUAAUGAUCAGGUUGCUGAAAUGUUGCAGGAGAUUAUGAACUCCAAGAUGCAGAAAGGUACCUUCCGGGUGCUUCGUUCCUGUAGUUUGGAAGUUGAUGGAGCUGAAGAUCAUCAGAAAGCCAUAGACCAGAUUAUUGCAAUAUUGACCACCGAAGGAGACCAUAUAAAUGAAGAAAUUAAAAAGGACCCCCAGUUUAGCAAACUAUUUGGUGAAAACUCCUCUUUUUCAAUUUUUAAAACCAUUAUGGAUUCUGUUCUUGAAGCAACCUUGCCUGCAGAAACAAAUUCUGAGAUGGAGAGUGAAACAGACGGAACCUUGAAGAAGAUUGCCUUUGUUGUACAUGCGACCACUAGGUUUGCAGCUGCUGGUCAUCACCCAAUGGCUCGAAUUAUGGGUUUUGGUGCAAAGUAUUUGCAGGAACACUAUGAUACUUGGGUCAUGCAGAAUGGAGGAUGGGAAGAGUUAAUCAAGGCAAAGAAUACUAACUGACUGCAAGAUGUCCAUCUGUCACCUUUCCAAGCCAGAUUUUUGACUUGUAUUUCUCAAUCUGGUUCACAUUUUGAUAAAUUAAUGUAAUGAGAUGUUUGGAUGUUGAAUCAAACAUGGAGUCUGAGACAUCAGAAAUUGAACCAGAAUCUUUCAAAAAGCUUUUAUUUUUCUCCAUCGAAAGUCCUAAAGGCACUGCUCAAUGAGUGAGAUGAAAUGCUAUUGUAGGUGAGGAAGUGAUGGGAGAAGGGACAAGUGCACAGUACCAUAAUGUAGGAGAAGUAGGUUUGGAAUUCCAAUAUCAGGAAUUCUAGACUUCAAUGUAAUUGAAAUGAAUUUUUAAAAAGUGUAUUGCUUUAAUGUGCAACAUGAAGGGCUAUCAGAUUAUUCACUCAAAUAUGGCAAUGUUCAGGCAAGGCCUCAUGCACCUACAGGAUAGUCAGCUAUUGUGGAGCUAACUUCCAUUGAAUUUUGCCAAAAGGGAAGUCACAACACUUGAGGCUCCAUAAAGCUGAUGGGCAGCUGUCAGAGAAGCAAGCAAAGACAAAAUGCCCUCAGUGGAUUGGGAACACCUGUGAUCCAAUGGAGAAUAUCUCCUGAAAGAAUAACACCAAAUAAAAAGAGAACAUUGCAAGAUAUGACUUGUCAACACAGUUCUCCUAGAUUCCUGAGUGGAGCAGAGAAAGGAAGAACUGGAGUCACAGUCACUAAUGCUGCCUGAAAUUGGACACUUCAGCUUCCCACAGGUAUCUUAACAGCUCCAUUCAGUCUGCAUUAAGGUCUAACUGCCACUCAAAAAUAGUGUCACUGUCUGCCUGUACCACCCGAAACUCUGAUCUGCAGCUGCCUGCUCACCUCUUACCCCACCCCAGCACAUUUUGGCUGUACCCUAUAAUUGGUAAACCACCAGCAAUUGCAUUCAUCUAUCACUUCCACCCAGACUGGCUUCACUUAAGAUUAAAUUCUACCCAUGGAUUGUAUGAAGUCAUUUAUAACAUCCAGGGCACCCAAUGGUCUGAAAGCUUAUUGAGUUCUUUUUAAAAUGUAGUCUUUGUAAUGUAAGAACUCUGUGCAAAAAUGAAGUCUUAUUUCUAGGAGGUGGAAAUUUCAAAUAGAUACUAAAAGAUGAGCAGACUUUGUAAAACUAUCAAAGAGCAAUUAGAAGUCUGUAUUUUCAGAGGAAGGUCAUUUCCUCAGGAUGUUUGUGAGCAAAGAACAGGAGAACUAGGAGCAGAAGUAGGCCAUUUGGCCCGUCAGCCUACUCCACAAUUCAUUUGAGUGUAGCUGAUCUGAUUGUAGCCCUAAUUUCAAGUGCCUGUCUGCUCCUUCCAUAAACCUUCAAAGUUGAAUCUGCACAGCAAGGAAAAGCUCAUUUCAUCUUCCAUAUGCAGAGGUAGUUAAAUUGAAGCUGAGAAUACCCAGUGACCUCUUGCCCUCUACCUAAGAACUGCAGUUUUAAAUUUCAGGAAGCAAGAAAAUUGGCCUGAAGCCAGAUGGACAUUUUAAGUCAAAGAUCAAGACCUAAUUAUGUCACUGGGACCGGACUGCCAUAUUAAGGUGGGCCUGAAUGAAGAAGAGUUCAAACAUGAAGGCUGAAGCAGGCUUAUAGUGUGACUGAUCAAGAGAAAAUGUCCCCUUUUUUUUAAAAAAAAAUACAUUUAAUCGACUCCUUCAUGAGACCCAGAGGACCAGGAGUUCUCCAAUCUCUUUCUGCUCUUCUCCCAGUCUUUUCUGUUGUGGAAGUGAGUCAGUUAUUGAGAUCUAAUUGCUAGAUUAUUUGGUUCUUGGGUGAACACUCACCUGGCCACAAUCACAGAAGCGAGUUCAAAUUCCCGUACCUGAGCCAGGAGGCCAGGGUUCAAGUCUGAACUCUUCCAGAAUUGUCUGGCAUCUCUGAUUUACUUUUUUUUAAAUCUAUUUGAAUUUACAUUGAAUUUUGUUUGGUUAUUUUGGUACUUGUACCUGUCCUCCUCCAUUCAGAAGCCAAUAUUUUACCAUGUGUAGGCCACAGGCCUGGUCUCCCCAGGGACAUGUGAUUGUAGGGAGUUGGGUUGGGAUGCAGUGUGGUAGGGGUCAGCUGAAUUGUUGUAGAUAACAAUGGAUGCAGCCAUAACCUAAUUUCAUUGUCUGGGAAAUUGUGGAUUGUAAAGACAGUGGGGAAAAUAAAGAUUAAACUAAAUAUCUGAUAUACUGCUAGAUGAUUCUUCAUUUUAUAAAUUCCCCUUUUUCCUGUUGUGGUCAGUUAGGAGUUGGAGGCUGUACCUUUAUACUAUCAUUAGUAAAUGCUGCCAGCUUCCCUAAUUCAGUGUAUUUUGUUCUUCGCAGAAUUGAAAGAUAUGGAAGUUUUAGACUAUUGCAUUUAAUAUGGUUUAUAUAAAUCCAGUCAAACCAAUAUAAAUAGAAAUGCAAAUGUGUACAAUUAUGUAUAAAAACUUUGUAGAGUAACUAUAGUGACAAAGUUC